UUUCAUCAAUUCUACAAUUUUGUCAAACAUCGGAAGCUUUAUGGGCAACCUUUCGAAUUUCCUGGCACCUGCUGUGGGAAACCUUUCAAGAUGGCUGCUGUGCCACCGCGCCUUAGCACACGGCUGGGAUGUAAGUACCUUCCACUCCAGUUGCGGCCAUAAAAGUCACACCGUGACCCUCAUCAAAAAUGACCAGUACGUGUUUGGAGGAUACACUGAUAUUCCUUGGGAACCUUUUGAGGCUUAUGGCACCACUCCCGAUGCGUUCAUAUUUUCUCUACGGAACAAAGAAGAACUCCAUCCAUUUAAGAGCAUGGUGUUAAAGUCAGAAUAUGCUAUUUUCAAGAGAUCAACAUAUGGUCCAACAUUUGGAAAUGGCUGGGACAUUCACAUUUCGAAUAAUUCUAACAGCAACAAUGAAUCAUACACCAAGUUUGCCGUUGAUGGCUACUACGAGAGACCAGAAAAAGUACAAGAUCUAACCACAAUCUUGGCUGGGACAUUUUACUUCUCACCUACCGACUGGGAGGUGUUCUAUCUUGGUUGAAAUACAUCUUCAUCAACAUAGCUGCCAUCAAAAACGCUUUGCUGAACUGUGAUUUCAUUGGUUUUUUAACAGCUACCCCCACAAAGACCCUGAACACCCUCUGGGUUAAUUACAUAAAACUAGAGAAACUAUCUGUUAGUUUCAGCACCACUUAUUUAUUAUCGUAGAUCAUUUACGCAGAUGGCUUUCACUUAUCCACACUGAAGGGUAGUCCUUGUCAACGAAAUUCAACAAGUGGAGGGAUAGAUUACGAUGUACUUUGAAAAUGUG